GUGAAGACGGUGUCUGUGGACUCGGAGGUACUGAAAUCCUGAACUGACCGCCUCCGCCACGUGAAAUGCCUAUUCGGGGUGAGCACCACGAAAGUGGCGGAGGAGAGCAACCCGCAUCUCCCAAGCGAACAGCGGGCUCAUCACAGUCGACCACUUUGGACGGGACGGACGCAGCUAUAUUAUAUGAGGCUCCUCUGAGGCAUCGCUGGGCCGAUACCAAACGCGGCUGCUCGCAGUCACACAUUGCACUACACCAUUCUCAGGCCAGACUUGGGCUCUCAUCUACCUCCGAGUCGUCGUGUCAUCUCCGCGUCCCCACAUCAUACAGCCGUCUGCAACGAGGGCCAGUGCUUUAUAGGCACAUCCAGAACACGUUGCGCUAGCGAAACAGAAUGGCCCUCCUACAUCGCCCACCCACACCUGACUCGCCGAUGUCCUCUAGCUUCCAGCGCGUAACACAUAAUAUCGACGACCUGACACUGGCGUUGACCAACUUCUCGCGUGGAUCGUCUCCGGAGCCUCCAGAUAUUGCCAUUUGCUGCUGUGGAAAGGAGGACUGCCAGACGAGCAAGUCAUGGUUAGCAUGGAAGGCCAAGAUGGAGAGUCGGCUGGUACUCAGUGCAGAGGUGGGGCAAGCUCUCCUCGAGAGGCACGAAGCCUUCCUUCGCCGUCGCGAGAGCUCGGCUUCCGUAGCACCGUCUGCCCAGUUAACCGAGACAAUAUCCGGCGAGGAACAGGUCGACGCACGAGUCGCUGAUCUAGUGAGGCAGAAUGCAGUCCUAGAGAAGCGCCUCACACAAGCACUCGUGAACAGCGAAGUCUUGGAGUCCUCUAACAAAGCUGCUGUGCAAGAACUGCAGGAGGCCCGUAGCAACGUGUCCCGUCUGACUGCGCAGAACGCGCGUUCAGUGGGCUGGGAGAAUCGCCUGGCUGUCGCGUUGCAGGAGAAGGACGACAUGCAACAGGAACGCGACAGCGCGACUCAGAGAGCUCGUUUGGCUGAAUCGCGCAUCAGUACUCUGAAAGAGAAGUGUGCUAAGCUUCAAGCACAAGUCACUCGUCUUCGCGAAGACUUAGAGAUGCAGCGGAACCACAGGCAGCAGAUGUCGGAAGAUGUCUUAGCAGAUGCCCGGCGACGCCUAGAGCAAUUGCAACAGUCGCAACUAGGACACGCUGUGAAGACUGAUGACACCGAGGUCAUGAAAGUGCUCGAGUCGCUGGUCGCGGACAACGAAGCGCUCAAACGUGAUAACGCUGAAUUGCAGAACCUCCUUACCGAAGCCCGCGAAGACCUUCAUACUCUUCAGGAAGAGAUGGAGGAGCGGCGAGCUGGCGAUGCAUCAUAUCUGCGACACCGAUACACAAGUAGCGGACAGUCAGAUCUUCCUGACCCAAUAUCCCCUCUCUCUGCGACAUUCCAUGUGGGCACUGCACCUAGUGGGUCUAUGUUACAUACCUGGCAUAGGCAAGGCAAUCUGGGCCGGAGACCCGUUAGUGUAGAGCGGUUAUCCAGACGUGGUUUUGAGCCAUUGACACCUGAGACAGAGCGCCGGCCAUUGUCUCCGACAGACUCUUUAAUCCCUUCAGAGACAAAAUGGACCUCCUUCGCUCGACACCGAUACACCCCUUCUCAUCACAGCUACGAGGACGAUGAGAGCCAUGUUGGCCUGCCAAUGUCCCCGGAAAGAACCCGUGCCCAGAAGUCGCUACUCCUCCUUACCCGUUCGCGCGGUGUGCAGACAGAUGGAUCUCCAGCGGGUAGCUUGGCACCUUCACCUAUCCCUCCCACAUACGGCGAUCGAACUAGCGCUCAGUCGUCGCACGACGGGCUAUCUGAAUCGUCGUCCCUGACAGACGGCCAAUCAGGUCCACUUGGCAUCCUCAUGGAGCGUGUCACCAUGCUGCUGAACAGGCUCACCCAAGCAGAUGCUCUCACUCUGACCAACAGGCUCAAGCGUCAGCGGCUCCUGGGUGCCGACGUCAGCCACCUUUCGCGCACGACCGUGAGCAGCAUCUUGCAUGAAGCCACGACGCUCCGCUCGCACUUCCGCGCAUUCCUGGAGGACGAGAAGGCGAUGAUGACGUGUUCGCGGCGGGACUUGCGCGCUCUCUUCAAGCUAUUCAAGGACAUGUUCUCGGAAAUGGGCCAGAUGCGGGUGACGCUGAACGACGUGAUCCUCGAUCCGUCGGUAGCGGUUAAGGUUAGCGAGAUGGCGCUGAACCCAUCCAAAGCGACUGUUGCACAGAAUCCUGGAGGUGGGGAGACGUCCAACAACCAGGCUUCCUCCGGAUGGAUGGCGCCUAUCUCGAAGUUGCUUGGACUUCCCGGUGGUAAUGCAAACCCCAGCGAGACUGCCGCGAGCCGUGCUCUCUCCCCACCUGCUCGAGGUCGCGCACCUAGUCGGGUCCCGUCACGCAUAGUCCCUAAACGGGAAGCAGUUUUGUCUGCUUCGGCGAUGAACGUCAACGUCGAGUUCAGUGGCACGGUCGUGGGACGUUCGGUCACCAGUACCUACUCCGCACAUCCAGAGCGCGAGGAUAGCAUCAGCAUUCUGUCGAUGCAACACCUACUCAACAAGCCUGUGCAGGAUGCACCCAACCCAUCUCGUAACCUCAUGGGCAUCUUCGCCGGUGCACCGCGUCCAGAGGACAACCCUGACCCGUGGAUCGUCAUCCCCAAGGCGCAGCGGGGGACGCCAAUGCCUAGCAUGGCAAAUACAACAGGGGCUGGGACGAUUGGGCGGUCCGCGACGCUGCGGCGAGCGAGCAGCCGGCUCUCGCGAACGGUCGACGCCAUGAUCGAUGCUGAUCAGGACCGCAGAGAAGAGGAGGACACGCUGGGUGCAUUACUCGAGCGCACGUCGAUCCAUCGAGGGAUGUCGGAUUCGUCCAUCCACAGCACCUUCCUGAGCCAUGGCGGGGAACGGGACCAGCAGGGUAGCCCACGCCGUGAGGCGUUCGGCGAUCCGUCCACACCGCAGGACAGGAACUCCGUACUGCAGGCGCUCAGCAGGCGAAUGCAGACCUUCCGCUUCGGUGGAAUGCCGCCUGCCUCGGAUUCACAGGCGACCGUCACGGAUGCAGCGGGCCCGUCGCCGCCAGAUACGCCUAUGGGUGCGCGCCAAGUGGACGAAGGCGGGCGGGCGACGCCAACGGGGGUUCGCAUGGCUUCUCCCCGUCCCGUGGGCGUUGUCCGCGCUGCGUCGCCGGCGUCAAGAGGGCUAUUUCAGAGUGUGAACCUGUCGUCGUGGGCGACGGCGGCGCUGGACCCGUCGGCGGAUGACCCGACGUAUAUGGCGGGCAGUCCGAGGGAGGAGUUCAUGCAUCGGCCUUGGGGGCGGGAGAGGGAGACUGAGCGGAUGAUCUAAGAGGAGAAGGGCCUGUGUGGAUAGGUGAUCUUAUGGGGAGGUACUGAUACUGUAUGCUCUUACUGAUGGCGGCGGCUUAGACUGGGAAGCCAGGUUUGCUUAUAGAGGCUUUUUGGUACACGUACGGGAACUACUUACUUGGUACGUUAGGAUCGGACUAUUGCACUCGUCGCACGCACGCACACACGUCGCACUUAGUAUUUGUAAGUUAUCGCAUCGGAUCUUAGUAUACCACACUGUAUAUACCCGCCGUCAACGUUCAUUCAGAGGAAUUGAAGUCAACUCUGGC